GACUAGGGUUUCACAGGAGGACGAGCAUCAUUUGCAGGAAACCGGAGCAGGAUUGCAGAAGCAGCAAUGGCGAGGAUCAAGGUCCAUGAGCUGAGGAACAAGAGCAAGGCGGAGCUGCUUGCUCAGUUGAAGGAUCUCAAGGCGGAGCUCGCCCUCCUCCGCGUCGCCAAGGUCACCGGAGGUGCUCCCAACAAGCUCUCCAAAAUCAAGGUGGUUAGGACUUCAAUAGCACAAGUGUUGACAGUAAUCUCUCAGACUCAGAAGAGUAUGCUAAGAGAAGCAUACAAAAAUAAGAAGUAUUUGCCCCUUGACCUCCGUCCCAAGAAGACUAGAGCCAUCCGCAGGCGUCUUACCAAGCACCAGGCCUCUUUGAAGACUGAGAGAGAGAAGAAGAAGGAGAUGUACUUCCCAUUGAGGAAAUAUGCCAUUAAAGUGUAGGACACAUUCCCCACUGCAGUGCCAUGUGUCCAUUUUCUUUGUCAAAUUUUUUGGCUUGGCUUUGAUGGGUAACUUGUUCAACCCUAGCUCUCUUUUGUGCUUUCGCUCAUUUCCAGUUGUUCACUUGGUUUAUUACUUGCCAACUUCUCUAAUCUCAUCCUUAGAUAUCGAGCUUUGAGUUUCCAUUUUAUAUCUCAUGGUGUUUUCCUCUCCCCCCACCCCCACUCCGAAAAAAAUGUGCUUAUUUUG